AUGGCUGUAACGACUGUGAAGGCUGAGCUGGGAGGAACCGUUAUAGAUUGCUUAGUAUACGGACUCUUUCUUUCUAUCUUCGCUCGCGCUAUGCAAGUUCUGCUCAAUCGAAAAAUCUACGACCGGACCUCUCUCUUCCUCAUGUCCACGACCGUUGCCUUGUUCUGUCUGAUCACCUCUCACCUGGCUUUGGACGUCGAUCGUGCAUUCCGUGCAUUCACCAGCAACAUUGGAACCCCGAACUAUCCGAAGGACUACUUCAAUAUCCUUUCCGGCGCUGAAGCACUGGCGAAAAACUCGGCCUAUGUGACCAUUACGCUCAUUGCCGACGCAUUUUUGACAUUUCGUUGCUGGGCUGCAUUCGGGCAAAAUUAUCUAGUGAUCAUCAUCCCAUCCGCUUUGUAUAUCGGAAACCUUGCAACUGCAUGUUGGGCACUCGUAACAUUCAAAGAGGCUGAAGAUCCAACCACUGGUGUGGUCAUCGUGGCCGAGGUCAUUUCCAGAGUCAAGUACAUGUACAUCACAACCCUCUGCCUCAAUUUAUACUGCAGUUUGGCCAUCGCGACUCGAAUAUGGCUCGUUCAGAGGCAAUCUACCGGUACUAGCGGGCACCUUCUGAGAAACACUAUGACCAUUAUCACUGAAUCAGCUGCACUGUAUUCAGUGUUCUUGAUUAUCCUCAUCACAAGUGCCGCUCUCGAAAAUCCGCUCAUGUAUGCCGUUCUCAACCCGAUGCCAAGCAUCAUUGGCUUUGUGUUCUCAUCCAUUAUAGUCCGCGUAGGCUCAGGACGUUCGUUCUCCACACAAAAGCCUACUCACAGCAUUGGUGUUGAUCACAACGGAGGUCUCCAAACGCGUUCACUCAUUGAAUCAGCCAUGCGAUUCGGUCGCCCCAGACGGGCGUAUCACGGGGAGGAAAGCACUUUUGGCCUGGACACCACCACUGCAGGUGGAGACAGAACCACUUCGAUUUUUCCAACAACCAGUGUUCAUUUUUCUCCGGAUUUUUCUCGUCAAACUCCUACGACCGCUGAGCUUUCGAGUUCCUCGGGUUCGAAUUCGAUACCGCAUCGAAAGGAUGAGGAAAAAUUGGAUGACUGA